GUUCAGGUUGUUAGACCAGAGACCAGUCAGCGACUCUUCAGCUCCAACUAGCAGGACCACCUCUCGUCAGUGUCUCUGACAACGCUAUAGAUAAAUAUGUCCAAGUUGGAGCAAAUCCUUCUUCUCGAUCCCCCCUGUGACCUCAGAUUUAAAGGUCCCUUCACUGAUGUGGUCACCACCAACCUGAAGCUGAAAAACCCAUCUGAUAGAAGAGUAUGUUUCAAAGUGAAGACCACAGCUCCCAAGAGAUACUGUGUACGGCCCAACAGCGGCAUCAUCGAUGUAGGUGCUACCGUCACCAUCUCUGUCAUGCUCCAGCCCUUCGACUACGACCCCAACGAGAAAAGUAAACACAAAUUCAUGGUCCAGAGUAUCUUUGCGCCUCCUAAUGUGGCUGAGAUGGAUGCAAUGUGGAAAGAUGUGAAACCUCAUGACCUCAUGGAUUCCAAGCUGAGAUGUGUAUUCGACCUGCCUUCUGAAAACAAUGAGGUGAUUGACGUGGAUUUGAGCAGCCACGCGACGCCUCCCGUGCAGAACUCGCCCAAGGCUGCUCCCGUGCUGACAGCGGCGAAGACCGCCAGCGUCUCGACGAACGCCUCUGAGAUGAGGAAACUCACAGAGGAAUGCAAGAGACUUCAGGCUGAGAUGGACAAGCUGACCGCCGAAAACCGUCAACUCAAGGACGACGGUGUUAGAAUGAGAAGGGCUGCCCAGCGUUCUGACCACAUGACAUCAAACCAGACGAGCUCCUCCUCCUCCAUGAUGCAACAGACGACCGCCGCCUCCCUCCCCUCUCUCCUCGUUGUCAUAGCAGCCAUCUUCAUCGGAUUCUUCAUCGGGAAGUUCAUCUUGUAAACUGUAGCUGGCUCUGAAAUGACACCUUUAUUUCCUAUUUUGUGCACUAUUUUGUUUUUGUUGAGCAGAACCGAUAGUCCCAUAGGGGCCUCUGGUUCAAAGUAGGGCACUACAUAGGGAAUAGGGUGCCAUUUCGGCAGCGUGCCCCGGGAGACGCGAGACGCCUGCCGUAUCUAAUGACAACCCCUCGGCUCCUGAAUCAAAAGGCCGAACGGGUGGAACUGACUAACCAGGACGGAAAGACUUUGUGUUGACUUUGUCAUAUCAGAAGUAGUGUCUGCAGUGGCCAUGUUGUCUGUCUGCCCCCACUGCCUUUCUACAAGCCUUUACACAUGGUUAGUGUACACACAGAGGAGAGAGAGAGAGGAAGGAAGAUAACGAAAAAGAGGCUUCCGUUUAGUUUUUCUGCUUUUGUUUUUGGAUGGAUGGACAGACAGCCUAAGUGCAGGUAUGAGAUGUACGUACCGAAUAGCACCUUAUUCCCUGUAUAGUACACUACUUCUAAUGGUCCUGGUCAACAGUAGUGCACUACACAAGGAAUAGGGGACACACAGGAAGUGGUACACUAUCAAUCAACACGGAGGACAGUUUAUGACGUGCCUAGGCCCUGUUAGAGUACUUUAACGCACCGUUCCUACCUUAUGAGGUAAGCAUAGCUCCAUAAGUGGUUAGAUAGGUGAAAAGCCCCCCCUAUUACUUUAACCAAUUCAGAUCUGUGAUUCCUUCAAGGAAGAUGGGUAGGAAGGAAUUUAUGCAUGAUGGGUAGGAAGGAACUAUGCAUGAUGGGUAAGGAAAUUUAUGCAUGAUGGGUAGGAAGGAACUAUGCAUGAUGGGUAGGAAGGAACUAUGCAUGAUGGGUAGGAAGGAACUAUGCAUGAUGGGUAGGAAGGAACUUAUGCAUGAUGGGUAGGAAGGAACUUAUGCAUGAUGGGUAGGAAGGAACUUAUGCAUGAUGGGUAGGAAGGAACUUAUGCAUGAUGGGUAGGAAGGAACUUAUGCAUGAUGGGUAGGAAGGAACUUAUGCAUGAUGGGUAGGAAAGGGAACUAUGCAUUUCUUAAGUAUUGGAACACGGUCCUAGUCACCAUGGGGGCAUGAAGCAGUUGAAUAAACCAAUCGUCUUCUCUCGCUCUCUCCCUCUUUUUUUUUAUUAUAAAAAAUAGAACUUGAAUGAAAUGUUAAGUGAAAAAUGUUAUUUUAAUCCUUUUUUUAAUCUAAAAAGGAGAGAACUACUUCUUCCGUUGUCCAACACCGACCACCUCGCUACUUAUUGCAGGAUAGCCUCUGAUUUAGUCCAUACCAAAUGGUACUCCUAUUCCCUGUAUCAUGUCCCGCUUUCCACCAGGGCCCGUAGGGCGAUCUGGUAUAAAGUAGUGCACUACAUGGAUGUAUUGACGGACAGAUAGAUGGGGUGCCAUUUGGGACGGAGACGUCGACUACUUGAUUUGUUCAGUUUAGUCAUUUCUACUUUUUCUCUGGGAAAUGUUUCUAGUCCAUUUGGGACAUAGAUUCUUCCCUACUUCCUGUCCACUCCUAUGCCUACUUUCUGUCCACUUCUAUCCCUACUUUCUGUCCACUUCUAUCCCUACUUCCUGUCCACUCCUAUCCCUACUUCCUGUCCACUCCUAUCCCUACUUCCUGUCCAAUCCUAUCCCUGACGAUACGAAUGCAGACUUUAUUAUUAUUAUUAUAGUUUUUCUCUCAUCAUAUUACACCCCUCCUUACCUUCUGAGGCAAAUGUUCUUAACCCCGUCCCUCCCAUGGUAUUAAGCAUUGAAGAAAUAAAACUGAAAACAAUG